GAGACCAUAAAUCUCUUGCAAAUGAUUUCAAUCAGUUUUUUUCAUCGGUUGGUGAAAAUGCAGCAAGGGCGUCUUCUCAUCUAGCAGAUACUAACAACAUCAAUCUACGAGAAUCAAUCGAAUCAGUCGUUAUAACUGAAAUCGACCAAUUUAAGUUUAGAGCCGUAACUUGCCACGAAGUACGUCGAGUAGUUCUAUCGUUACCUCUCAAUAAAUCAUCUGGUCCGGAUAAGAUUAACCCACGGAUCAUAAAGGACUGUCUUCCGGUCAUUUUGGGUCCUUUAACGGAAAUUAUAAAUUGUUCCCUUCGUACUUCUACUUUUCCUCUGGCAUGGAAAAAGGCAGAACUUAUUCCUAUUCAUAAAGAAGGUGACCACGAG